UCUCCGGCGGAGUGGCUCCGGAUAUUUCGGCAACAGAAGCCUGGCUGCGGUAGCCGGAGAAAUUCCGAGCGAGGGAAACCGAGUGCCGAAGCGUCGCUGCUGGCAAACAUUUUCCAUUUUCGUUUCGCAGUCCUGUAAUCAGUUGUGUAUAGGACACUCGCGUGCGCGCGUCGAACGGUUUCUGGCUUUAUUUGUGGGGAAAAGUGUGUGGAAAAGUGUGUGUCUGACGGCGAAACGGUAAACGGGGAAAACGCUGCGCGGUUUUUGCUGCUAUCGAGUUCAUUUUUUUUUGCUGGAUUUUAUAUGCAACAACAAUCGUUGAGACAGGACCUCAAGUUUAGCUAAAAUGUAACAUAACACCAAAUAAGAAGCGAAAAACAAAGUGAACGCCAAGUAAUACAAAUACUCGUAUAUGAAUAAGCCCAAAUCAUUAACAAAUUAAAACGAGACACGCAAGGAAGGGCAAGAAAAUAUAAAUAUCGAAAGGAGUCAAGUCAAGUGCUUUCGAGGAGCUGUUUGCUGGCAUGCUUUGAGGUUAAUACCACCCACAACCCACCACCCAACCACCCACUACCACUCAUCAGCCAUCAGCCAUCACCAACUCAUUCCUCCUUCUUCCUUCAUCUCCGUUUCGGCCAAUUUCUCCGUCUGCUUUCGCCGCUUUCUUCGUCACCGCCGCUGCCGCCGCCGCUGCCGUCACCAUCAAACGGCAUCGAAGCAAGGUAGCCUCAUUAGCGACUUAGCAGAAUGGCAUAAAGGAAGCCGUAACCAAAAACCACCAAAACCGAAAAAAGGAUACGCCGAAAGGGAUUAAAAGCAGCAGCCGCUGAAAAGGUUGUGCAGCCAUAAAAAAGCACAAAGAAAUUGUACACUCACAGCGAAUUUUGGGCAUAAUGAGUUCGCUGUCGCGUCCCUAAAAACGGAGCACCUUAAAUGCAAAUUGAUAUUAAGCCGCCAAUCAUAAUCAGCAGCGAUAUUAAUUAAACACCGCGACCAGUCAACAAUAAUCAAGCCGAAUAAUAAACCGACAUGGCCUCACCACCGGAGAGUCCCAUCGAGGAGGUGGUCUAUGAGUUGGAACACACACGAGUGCCUAAGCCCAUUCCCGUUGCCCUCGAGGAUCUGUGCCGGCAGACCAAGUUCACCAAACAGGAAAUCCGCGUCAUGUACAGAGGAUUUAAAACGGAAUGCCCCGAGGGCGUGGUACACGAGGAUUGUUUUAAGGAUAUCUACGCCAAAUUCUUUCCACAUGGCAAUUCGAGCUUAUACGCUCAUUAUGUGUUCAAAGCGUUCGAUGUUAAUUGCAAUGGCGCCAUUAGUUUUCGGGAUUUACUGGUCACCUUGUCGACCUUGCUGAGAGGUUCAGUUUAUGAGCGUCUGCGUUGGACCUUCAAGUUGUACGACUUGAACGGCGACGGAAGGAUCAGUCGCGGUGAACUGAGUGAAAUUAUUUUGGCCAUUCACGAGCUUAUGGGCCGGAGACCACAUCAACCUGAGGACGAUCGCAAGGCGAGGGAUCAGGUGGAUCGUGUGUUCCGCAAACUGGACCUGAACCAGGAUGGCAUUAUAACGAUAGAGGAGUUUUUGGAGGCCUGCCUGAAGGACGACUUGGUGACUCGAUCGCUACAAAUGUUCGACAACGACCUUUGAUGACAAGAGGGGGAGCUAGAGCCAGGACUACGCAAUUCCAGGACUAUAAUAUCUCUUAUAGAUCUAUAAGUGCAAUAAGCAACUCUAGGAAAUUGACAGCCCUAAAAAAAUUAAAAAAAUAUUACAAAAAAAAGGGGGAAAACCCCAAGCAAGCAUGAAAAACACCAGUGAAAUUGAUGGAAAACGAGGAAAUGAAACAUAUUAGUAAAUAAAAUUAGUUUAGGCAAAUAUCGAAGGAAGAAAUCUUUAAACUUUAUGAGUGUGUUAUUAUAUAACUAACAAAGAGGUCGACUAAGAUUGAUUAUAAAGAAUAUGUAAUUUUUUGAGCAUAUUAUGAAUUUAAUCCUGCCGUGAAAAGCGAAUUGGUCUUAUAUAUGUAUUUACUAUAUGAAUAUGUGCAUGUAUGAUACAUAUAUGUGUAAAUGAAAUUGAUUUCGACAACAGAACUAAACUAAACCACCAAACCAAAUGUUUGAUUCAGGAAUGGAAUUGGUAUACCGAAAACAAGAGAAACCGAGCUCUCAACACGAUUUACUUUACUAUAAUUACGCAUAACAAAUAAUAGAAUACUAAAGUAUAAAUAUACACUUAGCCUAAAGAAAUAUUACCAAACAAACGUAUUUCCUUGGUUCACCUUUAUUGUUUCGAACGAGCUAAAUUAAAAAUCCACACAGUUUAAGCCAUUGGCUUCACUGUUAAUUAGGAAGAAAAACGCGAAUCGAAGGAUAAAUGGAAUUAAUUCGGAUUGUGGAAAAUUCCAUUAGCCCCAUUUUAAUUUAUGAAUUUAUGUUUGAAUUUGUGCGUUAUUGUGUCUCAUCAACUAAUUGAAUUUACAAUUCUUCUCAAUAAAGCUAUCUACCAGCAAUAUUGGCUUAAAGCGGCAAAACAAAAAAUAGAUACUACAUAAACAGAUGAAUAAAUGAUGCCUGGGUUUUGUGUGCCCGACCAACCACCGAUAUAUAAAUAGCACUUGACAAUUACGCUUGAUUUAAUAUUUAUACAAGGUCGUGUUGAUUUUUUAAUGAUAAAUGCAAUUCUCAUCACGACUCUUCAAUUAAAUUACAUUUAAAUUAAAUUACACUUGCCAGAACAUAUUCACACACAAGCACGCGACGCUUUGCCCGGUUAUUUCGUAAAGACCCCCAUAUUUUUUACACCCAUUUCAUUAUUCCCCAAAAACAAACUUCAGAGGAAUAUCUUCUGGAAUGGAAAAAACUUGUGCAGCGAAAUUAAAUUGUAACAUAAUAAUGAAACGAGACCGUUUUUAUAAAAAAAAAAAACAUUGAAUGCUUAAUUGUGCAUGAACAAGACAAGACAAUCAAUGUGGUUUGAUAUUUCCUAUUUCCGCUUUUAGUUGUACACAUUGUUCUUCCAUUGUUGCUUCGAACAAAAACAUUUUUCUGUAUAAAAUGCCUUAAGCGAAGGACACUAGGAAAUGAAAUAAAAAUCAGGAAUCAGUGGUUUAAUGACGUCAAAACCUUUUAAUUUAAAUACUCAACUUAGCAGGUGUCAUUUAAAAUGUGUUAACUGUGUUUUAGACGAGAAAUAUCUAAAUGUUGGCCUUUGAAAACUAUGCCAACCGUAAUUAUUACACGUAGGAGCUUUAUCAAGAUUCAA